UGGAAGAAUUCAUGAGGAAAAUAAAAUACUCUAUUCAAGCUCAUAGUCGAAUCUCGACUGAGCACUUUUAAAUGUUGACAGAUCUUUCCGAAGAUAUUGGGUGACAAGAACUCACUGACAGGUUAGACAAAAUCCGCCUAAUUCCACAUUUUUCUCCAAAGGAGAGUAUUUUAAUAAGCAAUAAAGGGAGUCCUAAAUAGGGAUGAAAAGAUCAAAUUGGCUCUUCCUUCCUCUUCUUUUAGGAUUAGACAGCAACAUAAAAAGACUUUUAAACUAGUCAGUGAGCUGUCUAUUAUAAAAUCUGAAGAGCUUGACUCGGUCAGUGAUGAAUCUUCCUCAAAUUGAUUGGUACAGCUUAAGAAAAGCAGCAAGGUAAUGGGGAUGAAUGGAAUCCUACAGUCAAGCUCGAGGACUCACUUCAGGUCAAAGAAGUUAUUUUCAUCAACUCUCCAGCAAUCAUUUGUCAAGAUUCCUCCAAGAGGGAUAUCUCCUGAUAAAUUUAACUCAUAAUAUUUUCUAGA